CUUUGGUGUGGCUUGCGAGGGAAUGGGAAGUGCAAAAUUCCUGAACAGGAUAUUGAGUCAUCGCAGUACAGCCCCCCUCUAAGCGACCAUAAGCUUGGUGUUGAUGAGCCUUAAAGCAGUGCAUUCUGGAGACUGGACGAAAGACGAGCCGUUUUGGUAACUGCAGAACGUUUGUGUGCGUUUUUCACCGUUAAUCCGAUUACUCGGGGGUGAUGACACCCCUUAUUCCGACUCUUUUGUCCCUUGUGCUGGUGGCUUGGAGUGUGAGGACCGAGCCGCUGGCCGGCUCCGGGGACGGGGCCAACGAAGUCCUCAAACACUCCCCACCAGAGCCGCAGCUCGACGGGUACCAGAACGAACUGAUUGAGAACGCUAUUGGGAGUCUGAUCGCAGCAACACCCAGUCCUGAACCCACUGGUGUCUCCCUAGUGGGGGUCACAUCUCAAACAGCCCCCCAACUCACAGACGCCACAACUCCGCGUAGGCUCACCACUGCACCACCACCAUGUCCUGGGAACCAGGUGGUGCUGCCGCAGGGGACCGGGGAAGGCUGUGGCUGUCCCGCCGCCGGAAUGGUGAGGGAUGGGGACAACUGUAGCUGCAUUGCAGGCUUUGCACUGCAGGGGGCAGCAGAGUGUCAAGAUGUAGAUGAGUGUGUGGCUGAGCUGGGAGGAGCAUGCGGUCCGAAUGCCAACUGCGUCAACAUCCCUGGGUCCCACAUGUGCAGCUGUCACCGUGGUUACCUAAUGAUGGAUGCCGGGGGAUGCCAGGACAUAGAUGAGUGUGCGCUGGCUGCAGUGUCGGGCCUGCAGGCGUGUCGGGGGGUGGCAGAGUGCCAGAACUCCCCUGGUGCCUUCUCCUGCUCCUGCCCCCAGGGGUACGCCGUGGAAGGGAAGGACUGCGUAGACGUGGACGAGUGUGCCUUUGAGACUGGCUGUGGAACGGCGUUGGGGAAUGCUUGCAUCAACACCCCCGGCAGCUUCAGGUGUCUCUGUCUCCUUGGUUUCAGGGCACAACCCCUAGCCUGUGUUGGACCAGUGUGUGCAGAUUCGACUGUGUGUCAAGAUGUUGACGAAUGCAAAGAGAAGGGGGCGGUGUGCGGGGACCAGGGUGUGUGUGUUAACACACUCGGCAGCUACACAUGCGCUUGCCAGCCUGGUUACCGAGGCAACGGCACGCACUGUGAAGAUGAGAACGAAUGUGCUUUAGGGGGCCAUGGAUGUGACGGUAAUGCCCGCUGUGGAAACAUAAUUGGCUCAUAUUUCUGCCAGUGUUACCAGGGCUUCAAUGGGGACGGUCACUCCUGCUAUGAUGUCGACGAGUGUGCGGUGAACAACGGCCAUUGUCACCAGAAUUGCACCAAUGCACUUGGAACGUACCAAUGUCAGUGUCGGGCUGGGUACCUGCUGGCCCAGGACGGACACACCUGCAAAGACUUCGAUGAGUGCUCGGAUCUGAAGAGCAGGUGUGAGCAUGUGUGCACCAACACUCAGGGCUCCUUCCUGUGCUCCUGCAGGCCUGGCUACGAACUGCACAUCGACAGCCACCGCUGUGUAGAUAUUGACGAAUGCAAGAUACAAAAUGGCGGCUGUUCCAACAGCUGCACUAACACUGUGGGAGGGCGAACGUGUCACUGUGCCGCUCCACUGCUGUUACACACCGACAACCUCAGCUGCGUCAACGUCACAACCUGUGGGCGGCGUAACGGAGGCUGUGACCACACCUGCACCAUGGGGGCUGAGGGACGCCUGCACUGCAGCUGCCGAGCCGGCUGGAGGCUGGCCCCCGACCUGAGGAGCUGCCUGGAUGUAAAUGAAUGCGGGGACUUCACAAAUGGCGGUUGUCAGCAGGUGUGUGUGAACCAUCCAGGGGCAUUCAACUGCAGCUGCAAGGAAGGCUACCAAGUGCGGACCGACGACCUCACCAAGUGCCAGCCCGUAUGUGCACCUCCAUGUCAGAACUAUGGAGUGUGUGUCUCUCCUAACAACUGUGACUGUCCGCCUGGCUACCCCGGUCUGGGCUGUUUAGCCAUGUGCACGCCCCCCUGUGCCCACGGAGGCACCUGCAUGCGCUGGAAUAUCUGUCAGUGUCCUUCCGGCUGGACGGGUGUCGGCUGUCAUACAGCGGUGUGUGAGCUGCCUUGUGCGAACGGCGGUCGCUGUGUGGGACCCAACACCUGCCAAUGUCCCUCCGACUACACCGGACCCCAGUGCCUCUUACCACUUUGCACGCCGGCAUGUCGGCAUGGAGGAAGAUGUGUGGAUGUCAACAAAUGUACGUGUGUCGGAGGGUGGCAGGGAGGCCGGUGCCAGAUAGAGCCGGUACAGUGCCGGAAACCCUGUCUGAACGGGGGGGUGUGUGCAGGCCUCAACCGAUGCCGAUGUGCUGACGGGUUUACAGGGAAUCACUGUGAAACAGCGGUGACCACGCCCUGUGUGCCCCCCUGUCAGCAUGGAGCCACCUGUAGCCCCCGUAACACCUGCACCUGCCCAGAAGGUACCGCAGGACUGCGGUGUGAGAAGCUGACAUGUCCUGUGGUCACCACAGUGGUCAGCAUGUCGCGCGCAGUGAGGAAGGGCUUCAGGGAGAGUUACGUGGACCGAUGCGGACCGCUGGGUGUCCGGAUCUGCACUAAAUACAGGAUAAACCAGGCACGGGUGUACGUUCAGGCUUACAGAGUUGGCUACAAGAUCCAUUGUGCACAGAAGAAGAAGGGGAGAUGAGUACAGAUAUUUACAGGAGUUAUAUUAUCUGUCUUGCCAAGAGGACAUCCCUCCAGAAUUGAGAAUUCCUGCUGGUACAAAUGGAAGGAGCUGGAAUGAACAAAACGUAUAAUGCCUCUUCUUUGUUGAACCCUGUUAUGAUAAUUACUGAACCGUCACGGUCUUUGUGGGUCAAUGUUUAGAAUAACUAAUGGAUUCACCCAUUGGGCAGACUCCUGAUAUUGGAUGUUGUUACACAUUGAAUAUCAGAAUCUAAUAUCUAUUUGGUUUUGCGUGAACGAUGCUUUCGUUAAUUAAUCAAUUAGUAUUUUUGUUCAACACUAUAUGUGUGACUAUAAUGUUGAUUAUAUAUAAUAAUUAUGUCAAACGUAUUAACAGGAUUAUCAGUCCAGUAAGUACAAUUAAUCAGUUAAAAGAAUGAUGUCCAUGGACUUUUUCUCGUAUCUUGUGUAACCACUGUCAGAGAUAUAUGAAAUGAAUCAAUGUGAUAAAUAUGUUUUCUCAGUAAGAUAUGAAUAAUGUAUUUCUGGGUAAACAGACAUGUAGGCCUAUUUUAAUUUCUUUGCUCAGAUUUAUAAUACAACUGGCUGCCUACACAAAUCAAAUACUAAAUCUUGAACAUUAAAACAGUCCUUGUGAACCCAAUAAUAAACUUGUGGUAAUUA